UCUAAUAAACUAAUAUUUAGUAAGUAAUUUUUAAAUUUUCAGAAAUAAUUUAAAAUAAUUGACGAGUAUUUAUAAAUAGCAAGUAAUGAACAAAUAAUUUGCAAGUAAUUCAUUUUUGAUCAAAUAUUUGAAAAAGUAAAUUCGUGUUUUUAACAAAUUAAAUACAAGUCAGAAAUUUUAUUAUUCGUGCACAAGUCAAAUAGCAAGUACAUGUAAAAUAGCGAGUACUCGUAUUUGCCUUGUGUCCAGUCAUUUCAUUGUGUGGCUCUGCGUUAGCUGUGUUUAUUAAGAGGAUUGGCAUGUUAUACGAAAUACUACACGCUAUGAUCUACCGUCCACGUCAAACAAUUUUUAAAAACUUUUACAAAUAAAGGGAACAUAAUAUCAUAAUGAACCAUAAAACAAUGAAAUCUUCUAAACCCGAUUGACUUAGGUGUUUGCAGCUGAAACAACUUAAACGCGUCCAUCAUGGUUUUACGUCCUUUUUUUCCGUUCACGACUUAUGGUUUGCCCAUGCAUCUCCUUAACCUUUGUUGAUGGUUGAACAUGUCUUUCUCGAAGAAUUUUUUUUAUCUAUAGGUGUCAUGAGAUCUACCGAAUCCAUCUUUUUGUGAUCUGAUGAAUUUUCUUCUUCCUCCACAUUGACCAAUAAAGUAAGCUUGUUAGAACUAAAUUUGGGCUCAGCUAUUCUACUAUACCAUCCGCCCACAAUAUGAUGAGUUAGUUGUCAAAGACUCAUCUAGAUGAGCAAUAAGUUAAGUUUCCGGUGAAUUUGAAACGCAUUGAUGGUUAUUACUCGAGUUGUAUGUAUAUUGUAUCUGUUUAUAUCAACUUCACGAUCCAGCAAGAGUUGAUCAUAUAUUGCUAUAUUAAGAUCAGUCCCAGAAGUUAACUAAGAAAAUAUGAAGUAGCUCCUGCGCGAAUUAUAUUAAUACUUUUUUUUAAUUAUAUUGAUACUUGAGCAGAGCUUAAAUGUUUAAUUAAAUUAUCCUCCAGGAUCCACCAACAUUUCUCUAAUUUUUAAAUAUAAUCUAGCUGUUAUCAGGUGUAUAUAUAUCUGUCGUAUGCAUAAUUAAUAGUGUCUUUUUGCGGGAAUGCGUACAAUAUUUUGUUUCUUUUUUUAAAAGAUAUCGAAUAUAAAAUAAAACAAUCCUAUUGGUUGGUGAACCUAGAGGUUCACCCUAGGAAGUGAACCCAAGAAUGACUCUACAUAUGACUCAUGUAAAUAUUAUAGGGCGAUAUAGCCCAUUUAAGUAUAUUGUCCAAGAUUUCCUGCAGAAAAAGUAGUCUUUAGAUUCAUUUGCUGAUCCAUAGAGAAAGUAAGUUCACUCAUCCACAUAAGAGAUAGGAUUCAGAGUAGGUUCCUGAACUUAAACAAACAAACCAUGUAUUGGAGUCCAACGCUACAAGUCUAAGCAACAAGUCCGACACAAUGUCUAUAAGCUUAAAUAAAUGGGAAAACCCCGAUGUAUGUAGGGCUUCCUAGCAAAGAGUAUUAUUUGUAUAUAUAAACAUGAUGUUAAAUAAACAAGAGAAGUAGCCUUAAAGUAUGAUUAUUGGGGGUUUUUAGGGUGGAUUCUUAUCGGAAUAUAAAAAUCCGUUUUUUAACUUUUAACUAAAAAAACUAAGAACCGGCUAUUAAAUAAGAUAUUUGCUUUGGUGCAACACACUCCUUUUUAAUCUUUUUAUUAACCAGUUAAAAUAUAUUUGUCCUUAAUUAGUGACAAUCUAAGAUUACUUCCUUUUCAUUUGUUCUUGCACUUUAAUAAGCUCUUUAUAAGAUAUUUCUAUUCCAUAUUCACUUGUUCUCCUUUUAUUAAGUGCUAAGACCAUCAUCACUAGGUAGAAAUUCCAUUGAAUUUCUCAAUCGAACUUUGAAUAACCAUAAAAUAUUGAUCUACGAAAAAUGACAAAUUUCAAAAAAAGUUUUCAAAAAUAUGGCAAAGUCUAUCGACUAGGAGAUUAUUUUCUCCUCUCUUUUUUACAUACUUUAUUUUCUUUCUAAUAAACUCAUUUAGAAACGGCCAGCCUUGUUUAUUUUCUUGUGAAAGCAUGUGUUUAGGAUUUGGAGCUUAACCAUAGGUAUAGAUAGAUAUAGCUAAUCAUGAAGUAAACCUUUGACCAAAAAAAAGAGAGAUAGAUAUAGCUAAUUAAUACUCUAUGAUGAGUUAGGUGUCAAUAAUUAUCUAGAUGAGCAAUGAGUUAAUGUUUCAGGCAAUUUGAAGGCAUUGCCAUGAACCAAUGAAGUUUAAACUUAAACGUGUGAAUAUGUGAUGGUUAUUAUUUACUCGAGUUGUAUGUAAUUGUUUAUAUCAAUUCCACGAUCCAGCAAGACUUGAUCAUAUAUUAAGAUCUAGCAUAAGAAGUCAGCUAACUUCUUCGAAAAAUAUAAGAAAAUAAUAAGUAGCCACCACGUGAAUUAUAUUGAUACUUGAGUUGAGCAGCGCUAAUUAAAAUGAUCACUGAAACUAUCCUGCAAGUUCCACUGACAUUUCUCCAAUUUUUCAAAUAUAAUCUAGCUGUUGUCAUGUGAUCAUAUAUCUAUUACACGCAUAUAAUAGUCUCGUUUUUUACCAAAAAGAUAUAUAAUAGUCUCGUUACGCGGAAGUGCCCGUAAUUUAAACACUAGGACACAUAUUCAACGUGCUCAAAACAUUAAACAAUACUAAUAAAAUAAAAUAUUUUCAUUUUCUUAGAUACAAAGUUUAUUUUACGUUUAUAAAUACCUUGCAUCUCCAUCCACAAACAAACAAUCAAAGUCAUAACGUUUACAACAAGUAAACCAACAAAAACGACCUAGAAAACAAAGAUGGGUGGCCUUACGCGGCUCAUCGUUUUUAUCUCCAUGUUUGCCUCCAUUACUCUGAUGUCAGAAGCCCAAUACCUUCUUCCGAUCGUGAAACACGAACCCUCCAAACAAUACUACACCGCCUUCGACAUCGGAUCCGCCGAGAAGUCUUACGCUACCCUCGUCCUCGAUCUCGAAACCAACCUAACGUGGCUCAACUGCCGCGAACUCAAAUCUUUAUCAUCGCUCCGCCUCAUCACUUGCCAGAGCUCCACCUGCAAGUCCAUCCCCGGCAGUGGCUGCGACGGAAAAUAUUGUCUUUACCGCCAACCAAACCCUCUCGGCAAACCCGUCACCGGCCGUGUAGUCCAAGACAAAGCCACCUUCUCCACUACAGACGGCGGAAGACAACUCUCCGAAGUCUCUCUCCCCCGCUUCACAUUCUCCUGCGCCACCCAAGGCCUUUCCCUUCCGAUCGCCGGAGUUCUCGGUCUUUCCCCGGCCGGAGAGUUUCCGUUCUGGAGACAGGUGACGAGAGCGUUUAACGUCAUCCCCAAGUUCGCUCUCUGCUUGCCUUCUUCCGUCUUCGACGUCGGUCAUUUCUAUGUCGGUGGCGUUAACGGCUAUAUUAUCCCGCCGUUCACUGGUAGCAGUAAUCCCAUUCCGAUGAAUCUGACGCCGUUGAAAAACAUUGAGUCGGGAAAAUAUAUAAUAUCCCCCACGUCAAUCUACGUCGACGGAGUUCCUUUAUCGUUGAACCCAAGUUUGCUUGAAGGCGGAGCAAAGCUCAGCACGGUGGUUACUUACACCGUUCUACAAACCGAUAUCUACAAUGCUCUUGCUAGUGCGUUUACGCUUAAAGCAAAGGAAAUAGGAAUGUCCGAGGUCCCAGGAAUGCCUGAGUUCCCAGGAUUUACACCAUUUAAAACCUGCUUUGAAGAAGGCAGUUCCAGGAGGGACGUAGAGGAGUUCAUGAACGUGCCGGUGAUAGAGAUUGGGCUGCCAGGGAGGGCAGGGGAGGUGAAGUGGAAGUUUCACGGUGCGAACACGGUGGUGAGAGUGUUGGAGACGGUGAUUUGCUUGGCAUUCGCCGACGGAGGAAAGAAACCUACUGAGCCGAUGGUCAUUGGGACACAUCAGCUUCAAGACUAUAUGAUCGAAUUCGAUUUGAGCACAACGCGUAUGGCUUUUAGUGACUCACUCUUGAGCCAUAAGACUAGCUGUUCUGCGUGGCCUUCCCGGAGACAGGAUCAUUCACACAUGAUGUUAUAAAGAUAUCGUCUUUGACUAUUUCAGCUUUUACUUGUGUUCCAAUAAAAAAAUUGAAUAAAAUUUAUCAUCAGUUCUUAUACAAA